AUGAUAUUGCCGACAAUCUUAUUGGCAUUCAUAAACUAUAGUUUAGCUAUAAAGUGUAAAAGCUGCUAUAGUUACAAUAAUCAAGCAUGUAUACAGACACCUGAUUGUGAAUCCGAUGUUUGUAUUUAUGGUGAGUUCAAUUUUUCUCAAUGAGAAACACAAAAAAUUGAGUUCAGAGCAACUCAACUCUGCAAAUGGAAUAGUUCAUACUUUACGAACUUGUGCGACAAAAGGUGCAAUUUAUACAUUUGAUGAUGGAACAACUAUGACAAAUACAAAUCAAUGCGUUACUAAAACAACAAGACAGGGACAGUAUUAUGUUUCACUUUGCACAUCUGGUGAUUAUUGUAAUUUGAAUUGUCGAACAACGGUAACUCCAAUUCCACUUGUUCCAACAAUUGAACCAAUUGUCGGAACUGGCGCUAUUUCUUGUUAUGAUUGUUCAACAAGUGAUGGAACUGAUUGUCAAACAAAUCAAUGUAAAGGAACAUAUUGUGGUUAUGAAAGAAAAUUAGUUGGAAAUCAAAUGUAUUUGACGAAAAGUUGUUUAGCUGAUCCUAUUAUUACUUUGGAUGAUUCGACACAAGUUACUCAAGUUGAUAUUUGUGAAGUUCGAAACACAGCAGAUAGCAGUUAUUAUGUUAAAAUAUGCAAUGAUGUCAAUUUUUGUAAUAAUUAUUGUUCUCCUGGACAAGCUCAACCAACACUUCCAACUCCACAGAAACGUAGGUUUACUUCAAUUUUCACAAAUUGAAUUCCAGAUAUUUUCAGAAGCUCUUGUUACAUGCUAUGAUUGUCAAGGAUCUUCAGAUUGUUUUACUGGUUCAUGUCAAGGACUUUAUUGUAUCUAUGAAAAACAAACUCGUAUUUCAAAUCAGAAUACAUAUUAUACAAAAACAUGUUCUGCUUAUCCUUAUGCAACGUAUCCAGAUAAACAAACUACCCAAACAAUUGAUCAAUGCGAAACAAAAAUUUUGAACGAUGUUCGAUAUGAAGUCAAAAUUUGUCAAACUGGGUCAUACUGUAAUUCAAAAUGUCAAAAUGAUGCAAGUAAUCUUAUGACUUGUACUCAAUGUCAAGCAAGUAAUCAAAAUGAUUGUAGUGGAACUACUUGCACUGGACAUUAUUGUACAUUCGGUAAGAAAAACGAAAUAAAAAAGUAAGUACGAUACAUUUCUAAUUUCAGUUCGGGAAAUAAAUCAAUUGGACCCUUCUAAGUCAUUCGUAAAAAAAGCUUGUUCGUCUUCUCCAUAUAUUGCUUUCCCAGAUAAUUCAAUAUACAACAAUUUCGGAGCUUGUCAGUAUAAGUGAGUUAAAAUUUAGUGUCUACAGAAAUUUAAAUAACAUUUUUUAAGAACACUUUCAUCUGUUCAAUAUUCGGUCAAAAUUUGCAAUUCGACAAGUUAUUGUAACUCAUAUGCUUGCCCCGAUGUCAAUAUCCCAACUCCUUCACCUCAAAAUUCUGUUUCUAGACUAAAUUUCCUUCUAUUGUUUAUAAUAACAAUAAUCUUUUCAGCAAUAUAG